AUGAUGGCGGGUCUUAAGACUAUUAUCGCGCUCUCCUUUGUUCUCGCCAUUGGUUUUCUUCUGGUCAUCCUCUCCUCCGCUCUUUGGCACAACUUCCUUCCGUUGACUGUGGUUGCGACAUAUGUCAUCGCUCCUCUACCGAACUGGAUUUGCGCCCGAUGCGCCAAUCCGGAUGAUUUUAUGGACAGCUCUGGCAACGCAGUCGCUGAUUUUGGGCGUUUCUUGACUGGCUUCCUAGUAUUGAUGGGUAUUGCCCUACCGGCUGUGCUUGCGCAUAGCGGCGCUAUCCAGCUCCCUGCCAUGAUCAUGUCCAUCCUCGGAGGUCUUCUGAUUUACGGCACUAUUAUCAGUUUCUCGAUGUUCUUCAAGGAGCAAGAGGAGUUUUGA